ACUUUUUCUUUAGUCGAGCUGGGGGGCAGUGCAAAAAGUUAUUGGAACUUUUUCAGUUAGAGUGGAGACGGAUGGGGUUUGGAGGGCAUUACACGUUCCGGAACGUCCGGACAUCCCUCGUUCAUUACACAAAGGACAUCAGCCCCAAAAAGAGAGAACGUGUACACCGCGCCAUGUGCCACUCUGAGGCCGUGGCCUCUAAGUUUUACAAGACUCAAAACACAGCGGCAGAGGCGGCAGAGGUGCGUGUGUUGCAGGUUGGUUCCAGUCCCGACGAGAUGACCUUCCCGAGGUCCCCGCCCCCCUACUCUGCACCCCCCCUCACUCCAAUGGAUGCCAAGACCGCAGCCGCCAGCCCUAGACAAUUGCCAUGCUCCCAGAAGGCCAAGAGGUGUCUGUUUGACGAGGCCGGUACCUCCUCUCACUCACCCAAGUCCCCGCAGUGCCACGUAAGUCUUCGUUUUCACAGGUCAACAAUUCACCCAACUGGACACGUUCCCAGCCCAAUCCUCCAGCCAUACGCCGGUUCCUGUGACAGAAGAACAGAUGCCGCCACUCCAGAUGCAAGUGUCUUUGGUUCAAUACAGCCCUACCAACUCCUCCUCAAGCGGUACAUCACUCCCAGUAUCAGGCGAGGAGGAGCGCAUGGAGGAGGAUUCUACUGUCCAUGCCUCUAACGUCACCCCCCCUCCACUUGGGUUUUCAAGCGACAAGGACGACAUGGAGGAUGACCCUAUCCACUCCUUCUCCGGGACCCACCCACCAUGUAGGUUCUCAAGCGAGGAGCAAGACAUGGAGGAUUCCCGUCUCCCCUUCUCCCAAUUCAAUCCCCAGCCACUGGCAUGCUCAACUCAGUAGGAGGAGGACACGCGGCAUUCCUGUCUCCAACCCUCACAAUUCAACCCCCAGCCACUCGCACA